AUGAAAAAGGUCAAUUUGUAUUCUGCCAUUGCUCUGCGCAACGAGUGCGACGAGGCUCUUCCGGAGGUGAUGGCCCGCCUGGGAUACAGCCAAUCGUUUUUCAACACCGAUUUCAAGCUUCUCGUGGGAUAUUUGUCGGUUGGGGCUAGCGCAUUGAUGUACUGGCUGGAAAAGAAAUACAACAACGACUUUUCGAACUCGGACUACGUCAACUACACGACGGCGUUGGUGGUGGUGUUUUUUAUUCUGAACGGUAUCUGGGUUGGGUUCACCAAAUUUGUCGAAAAGAACGUCAAGUACGUUGGCACCAAGGGGUCGAAAAAGGUGACAGUUAGCACCAAACUCAAGUCCAAGGCCGACCCGAUCUACUACAUAACGCUUGCGGACGGCAAGAGCACUCUACAGCAUACCCUAGAGUUGCCUAAAGUGUUCAACUCGGACGGGUAUCUUGUGCCUACCGAGCUACUCAAAGUUAUCGAACAGCUGGUGCAGAAACUAGAAAAAAAUAACUGA